AAUCAAAGCGCAGCAAUCAGUUAAACACGUGAACACUGGAAUCAUGUGCUGGGACUGGGAAGGGUAGAGUGCUGGCUCAGGAGCGGAUGAGGGGUGCGGGACAAUGUUGUAGCCAAUUACAGCAAAAAGUGCCUUAUGUUCUGGACCGAAAGAUCAUUUAACGAGCCGGAGCGGUCCCUUAUGAGGCGGGUGCAGGUCUAGAGCUCGUUGAGGCGAGAGGUUGCUCGGAUUAAUUGCUACUUAUGCUGCAGCUUUGCGCCCGGUCUCGAGUUCUGCGUCAGGUGAGGAGCUGAACCGGGCCGGGUCGCCCUUAUGGAUCGGCAGCAUGGAUGCUUUCAGUAUUCCCUUUAACAGCAGCGGCAGCCCGGACAGCAAAGUCGGCGAUGAAUCCGCAGAGCCCUGGCCAGGAGCUCGUCUCCUCGGGGUUGGCCCUGCGGCGGCGGCGACCCCGUCCGGAGCCGGAUACUGGACCGCCGUGUUCGAUUACGAAGCUACCGCCGAGGAUGAGCUCAGUCUGCGGAAGGGGGAUCGGGUGGAGGUGUUGUCCAAGGACUCGCUGGUGUCCGGGGAUGAGGGGUGGUGGACAGGUAUGAUCGAGGACCAGGUCGGUAUUUUCCCUAGUAACUACGUGAGUAACGGCAUUUCGGAGAAGAUUCGGGACACGCCGGAGGACUGUUGCGAUUAUUCGGUGCCUCAGUUACACUUUCUUCAGAUAGAUUUCAGUGAGCUGGCGGUGGAGGAAAUGAUCGGCGUUGGAGGUUUUGGAAAAGUGUACCGUGCCAUUUGGAAAGGGAAGGAGGUGGCGGUGAAAGCCGCUCGACGGGACCCCGAUGAGGAUGUGUCGCAGACACUGGAGAGCGUCCGUCAGGAGGCCAAGCUCUUCGCCAUGCUGAGACACCCCAACAUCAUGGGCCUUCUGGGAGUGUGUCUGCAGGAGCCCAACCUCUGCCUAGUGAUGGAAUACGCCCGUGGUGGGCCACUCAACCGGGCCUUGGCUGGGAAACGCAUCCCUCCUCACACACUGGUGGACUGGGCGGUACAGAUCGCACGUGCCAUGCUGUACCUGCAUUGCCAGGCUAUUGUACCAGUCAUCCACAGAGACCUCAAGUCCUGCAACAUUCUGAUUCUGGAGUGUGUGGAGAAUGAUGAUCUGUGCAACAAGACUCUGAAGGUGACAGAUUUCGGUUUGGCUCGGGAGUGGCAUCGGACCACCAAGAUGAGCGCGGCGGGGACGUACGCCUGGAUGGCCCCUGAGGUCAUCCGCUCCUCGACCUUCUCCAAGGGCAGUGAUGUUUGGAGUUAUGGAGUUUUGCUGUGGGAGCUGCUGACAGGAGAGGUGCCAUUUCGUGGCAUUGAUGGUCUGGCGGUAGCUUAUGGUGUGGCCAUGAACAAACUGUCCCUGCCGAUCCCCUCCACCUGUCCUCAGCCAUUUGCCCGGCUGAUGGAAGACUGUUGGAAUGUGGACCCUCAUGCACGACCCCCCUUCACCAGUAUUCUAGACCAGUUGACGGCUAUUGAGGAGUCGGGCUUCUUUGAAAUGCCGGCAGAAUCCUUCCAAUCCCUGCAGGAUGACUGGAAGCUGGAGGUUCAGGAGAUGUUUGACCUUCUCAGAGCCAAAGAGAAGGAGUUGAGAUCCUGGGAGGAAGAACUGAGUCGUGCAGCUGUACAGCAGAAGAACCAGGAAGAGGCUUUACAGCGGCGGGAACAGGAACUGGCGGAGAGAGAAAUUCACAUUCUGGAGCGAGAGCUCAAUGUCAUCAUUCACCAGCUGUACCAAGAGAAACCUCGAGUUCAAAACCGUCACGGAAAGUUCCGGCGCAGUCGACUCAAACUGCUUGAUGGGAACCGCAUCAGCCUGCCUUCCGAUUUCCAGCAUAAGAUUACAGUCCAAGCUUCUCCUUCUUUGGACAGAAGGUGGAGUCUCCUGGGCAGUAACUCCACUCCUCCAAACAGCCCCUCUGUUUUGCCACGCCUCCGAGCAAUUAAGUUGACCCCUGGGGUGGGCGGUCAAGCCUGGGGUCAUAAUGCUGCAUUCCAAUAUGACGAAGAAGAGGAGAGGAAGACUUCACGCAAGAAAGGGAGAACGCAAAGGGAACACAGCGCUGAUGAGAGUCUGAGCACUCCUAAAGAGGGCAGUCGGCAACGUUCCUGCAGUGCUCCAAACCUGCGACGUUCCCCCAGACACAGUCCUGCUGUUCCUGGCGUGUGCAGCCUGGCAGAGACUGAAAAUGAGGACUGCUGCUUCUCAUCAGAGUCAGCUGACUCCCCUGGCCAAUCAUACCUCUGCAUCCCGUUCCACAGGGAUGGAUCCACUGUGAACAGUUAUGACAUGGAGUGUGGCAUAACUAGAAUAGCUCCUGAUGUUUCCCCCAGUUAUACACGGCGGAGCCCCAGUGGAAGCCGUAGAUCAGAACUGGUGUUGCUGAGCUGCGGGGCGGCUCUGGCUGCUGUCAGUUUAGGUCAAAAUCUGUUGGACCUGGUGCGUGUGGAAGAGAGUGUACGUCCGCGAUGGGAAGGGCUGUUUCACCGUACUGGGGGUCAAAGUCGUGGCGCUAGCCCACCCACACACAAACUGUUCAAACGGGAAAGCCCUCGUCGCCCUCCACCUCUCCCCAUGUCCCUCACUCUCCUGUCUCAUUCAUCUGUGUCUGAUUGUAACUCAACACGUUCUCUCCUGCGCUCCAACAGUAAAGAGCUGCUUGUGCUACAUCCACCUAUGCCCACUGCUCUGCUCCAUGGACAGACACCACCUCCACUGAACCCACUGGUCAACACCCAUCUGGAGAGCUUUAAACGCCACCCUCGGCAGUCUCUGACACCCACACACUUGCCCUCUGUGCCCAGUGCGGCCUGCAGGCUUCAUCGUACACCUUCAGAUGGCGCAAUAAAGACUCUCCAUAACAACCACAAUCCCACCUCUACCACACCCUCCAAAACAACAGUGACUCUGUGGAACUCAAGUGAGGACCCCUCAGAGGUGCCCAGACUUCCUGAUCCAAAUUUCAUCUUCCCACCUACACCACGUUGGCGCUUCCAACCUGAGCGUCCCAAGACUCUGGACAUCCUGGCUAGGCCCCGCCCCUGUCCUCGAGCUCGCUGUGGAUUCCUGUGGGGUGAAUCUCCCACCCACAUGUCUAGCACCGAAACCGGAGGUGGUGUGGCUGUCCUGCCUACACCAGUGGAACCACCAACCCCCUGUUCCCUUUGGGUGAACAACAGCCUUUUGGACCAACAGGAUAAAGGACAAUACAGCAAUGGGACACAGCCUCUCUCGUCAGAUCCCAGAGACUCCCCUUGCAGAGUCCAACCAGGGUUUUGCUCCUGAUUUCACCCCUCACUCAUAAAUUUAAACCUACUUGGUUUCAGAUGUAGCACUUAGACUAUCAAGUCAAUGCAAAGGGGAAUUCUGGAUACCCUGGAGAAAAAAAAACCCUGCUUAAACCAGACUAAGAUGGUUUGUUUACCUUAGCAAAGUUAAGAUUUAAGCUGGUCUUAGCUGGUUUAAGACAGUCUCAAGCUAGCUGGGUGGUCAGCUGGUUGCCCAAGUGCCCAAAACCCCUCUUAAACCAGCCAACAGACCAACUUGAGUGGACUAGAAGACCAGCUGAGACCAGCAAACCAACUUGGCCUGGUUUGAAAUGUUUUUUUUGUUUUGCUUUUUCAGAAGGGUAUAUAACUAUUCAUUAUGUUAAGAACUGAUCUUAGUGAUACUGAUUAAUUACCCUGCAUUAACCAAAGGUGGUUGGUUUUGCAUAAUCCAGAUGCUGUUCUGGUCUAAACUAUUCAAUAUUCAGUUCAAUAUUACAGGUUUUCAACACACAUAUACACUCCUCAUUUUCUUCCUCUGUAUUUUUGUCUCGUUUUCCAGUUCAAAUAUCUAAACAUUCUUAAAUCAAGAUACAUUUAUUGGAAAUCAAAAAGGACUUAAGAUUUUAAGUUCUCUUUUAAAAGAGUAAAAAAUGGAAAAAUUAAUCAGAAUUCUGUGACUUUAUGCUUAAAACAAGAAAAAAAUCUGCCUAAUGUGCCAAUGGAUUAAGAAAAAUAAUAAUUUAAAGUGACUGUAUUUAGCUUUGUUUAUUUUUGAGCCCCCUACAGUUUAGUAAAUAGAGUUCACUGUCGUAAAUAUAAUAGCUGUACUUGUGAAUUUGUUGUUGCCUUAUAGCAAUCCGUCCUUUUCACGGAAUUUCAUACCCUCUCACUAAACUUAAAACAAACAUUUGGGGGGAGCGUGGGAAAGAAACAGUAGCCAUUUGCCUAAUUAGUGACGUGACAUACAGCCAAGUAUGGUGACCCAUACUCAGAAUU